UCGAAUUAUAAUUGAUACAAAUGCUGUUUUAAUAUUUUGUUUUUGUCAAUAUCGUUAUAUUUCGUGUUAGAAAGAGCAGGUGUACUAGUUCGUAAAGCGAAACGCAUAUCGUCAUGGAAACGCACGUGCUACGCACAGUCGUUCGAUUCCAACGCACAAUAAAGAUCGAAACUGCUUUGAAAAGGUUUCUCUUUAUAAUCAUCGAACGUUUUUGUAAAUAUAUAAAUAAUCGUUGCAGUUGUUUCCCUUAAUCGAAUAUGAGUAUGCAAAAUGAAACCAAUGAGAAUGUGGAUGAAAAGAAACGAAAAUCGAUUCUAAGAAAGGCUCAAAAAACGGAAUAUUUCAAGAGUUUUGUGCAAUUAAAACAACAGGAAUAUAUUUUAGAAAAAGGACUCGCCAAGUUAAUAGACAAUAUGAAACUCGACGCUGACGUUAUUAAGAAUUUAUCGAAAGAAGAAAAGGAACUGUCCGCGAGGAGAGAAAAUGUAUUAUCAAUUUUACGUAAAACGGUUUCCGAUAUUAGCGACGAUGUGAAGACAGUAAAAAUAAUCAUAUCCGAUCCUGAGCAAAUUCAACGACUAGAUGUAAACGAAUUUAAGUCUAAGUUGAUCGAAAUUUCGAAAAAAUUGAACGAUUUUAAAAAAAGUUGUCCACUUCGAACGUUGUCCGAUGAUGGAAAUAAAUUGGACUCCGAUCUAAAAGAAUUUUCAUCACGUUUACAUAGAUAUAAUACAGUGAAUACUAUAAUAAAAUCAUCGACCAUAGAUUUAUCGUCUCUUGACAAGGAUAAGAAAAAAAAUCACGAAGAUUACGAAGAGAUCGAAGAUUUCCAUACGUUGAUUGUUAAAACGGGUUAUACGCAACAUUGGAGCGACGAGGAUCAUUUAUUGUUUUUAAGGAUGCGAAAAAAAUAUAAAAAUGUGCCUGCUUUAGUCAACGCCAUUAGAACAAAGUGUCCAGAUAUAUCGAUAGAAAAAAUAAUAAAUCACGAAACUUGGUACAAAUUAUAUCUUGAUCUACGUGAGAGACAAAGAUUAAAAAUAAAUGAAUGGCGAAAGCGUAAGGAAUUAAAUAAAAUGAAAAAAUUACAAAACGUGGAUACUACCGAAAAGGAAGAUCCAAAAAAGUCUGAAGUACCUUCAAGCUUUUCAGAAAAAAAUACGAUUAACGAUAAAGGUGAAAGAUCUAACGCAAUUACCAAUGAAAAUAUUAAUAAGAAGGAAUUAAUUAAAAAGUGGAAAUUAGAGAAAGAAAACAAACGAAUUAUGGAGGAGAAACAAUCGAAAUUGCGAUUAGAAUCUAAACGGGUUUUGGAUGAAAAGCGUGCACGAAUUAGAAUGGAAGCUAUACGAGCGAGUUUGCGAGAUUAUAGAAAUAAAAAAUCAAUGGAUGAACUUUUGGAAAAUACGAAAACGGGAAAUAUAAAAAAUACGAAAGAAUAUGAUCCUACUUUGAUCAAAGAAUUUAGGAAACAGGAUGAAGAAUAUAUUCGAAAAAGAAGGAUAUUAAUUUCACGUACGAAUAAAAUUCGACAAAAUAAAUUUACGAGUUUACGGAAAUAUAAAUUAAAUACAAAUUCCUCGACAUUGUGCGAACCAACGAAAGCAUGGCGUGAAAAAUGUAAAAUCGAGGAUAUCAAGAGGAAGGAUAGUCAAGAAGUACGAUACAUCAAAGACAUACCGAAACUAUAUACGCGAUGGAGAAACGAAGAGUCUACAGAUUUACAGAAUUAUUUUGGGUUAUAAAAAAUCGAUCGCGUAUCUUUUACAAAAUUCCAUACUUACUUAAAGUUCUAGUUUUCCUUCUUUUUUGUUGUUUGAGUAUACAAAAGAGUUCACUGUCAACACAAAACUUUCAUUAUGAAUUAAUCGCAAUAAUGAAUCUCAGAGCUAUACACACACACACACACACACACACACACACACACACACGCACGCACGCACGCACGCACGCACGCACGUAUAUGACAGCUUUUAUUAUAAAAUAAUUGAAAAUAUAUUUCUACAUGCAUUCUAUGUGCAAAUUGUAUUCUAAACUAACGCAAAAGCAAAGUGAAUGAAACGAAUCCUUAACUUUACAAAAUAUACAUGUAUAUAUAUACAUAUAAUGAUUAAAAAACAAUUUAACAUAAAAAUUCAGAUAACCAAAUUGAUAAGUUCCAAAAAAGGGUUAACAGGAUGAAAUGAGCCGAACGAUUGAUAUAUACUUAUGUUUAUUUUUCUUUACGAACGUACCUUUUUUGUUAUUUUUUUUUUCUUUUUUUUUUUUCCUUUCAGACGACGUAUAUAAUAAGUUAUGAGUAAACGAACGUUGAGUUUAUCCAGGACAGUCUGUUAAUGGUAUAAUUAGCUUUACAACUAUAUAAUAGU